AUGUUUGGAACACUGAGCAUUCAGUCCAAAGAGCCUGUGACGUUUGUUGAAAACUCGGACCUGGCUUCGGUUCUUAGCCGUAAUCGCCAAGAACGCCCGCAUGUGUCCUGCCACCUCUGCCGAGCUCGAAAGGUAUGGAUCUGCCGAGACUGCAUCAAUGCACACUCUGGAAAUGAUUAUCCCUCUAAUUGCCAGCAGACUAGGUGUAGCGGAGAGCCAACCGGCUGCGACAAGUGUGUGGCCAUUGGCGCUGAAUGCCAAUACCCAAGUCGGCCCUCUCGUCGAAAGAAACGAUCCCGAUCAGCAUUCCAAUCUUCCCAACAGGAUGUAACUAUCGUCGAUGGCGCAAACCAGGAGCCGAUGAAUAGAGAUACCUACUCAAAUCCCAACAUCAGCUCCAUUAAUGCUACAGCGGCUACUGAUAUGAUAGAUGGUGUUGUGCACGAUCAUCAAGCACCCUCAGGCACAACUGCGGAAGAUUCAAUGCUGUCAGCCACGAGCUUAUUUGACUUCGACGACGAAGUCGAUGGGGAUGCACAGCAUCUCGAGCAUUGGCUAUCCUCGGGAACUAAUGCAGAGGCGGAGGCGAGGGCUCCUAGCACCUCGGCACGCUCAGCUAUGCUGGAUGCGUGGCCAGACCUCGGUGCUCUCUCCUCCGGGGGGUUUGGGGAAACCAGUCGGCAUUGGGAUCCCCUUACCGAUGACCAACUGCCGUUGGGAAAUUACCAGAGACAGUUAAGUGAACCCGAAGAAGACACCAACGAAGCAGCUGGUGGUGUCCCAAAUGAUGUCCCAUCUCUGGCCAUGGAAUCUGUUCUGGCAUCCCUGAGUGCCGCUCUGGCAUCUCCUAGACACCGCCCAUCUGGUGGCUCCAGCAGCCGGAGUGAGAGCCUUGAUCAGCACAGAAGUGGGCUCGAGAACCCCAACUCAUCAUCAGCUUACCGACCGCUACGGGACUCGAGGAAGAAUCCCUGGCCCCCAUCGUCGUCCUCGUCCUCUCUCUCCAGAGCCAACAGCAACGGCCACGGUUCGAUGCCAGUUUCUGCUUCCGAUAUCCAGCGUAGAUCGAUAGCCCAGAACUUGAGCAACACCAACCGUCACAGGCCAUCAGGCCCUCAAUCUUCUGUGUCAGCAUCGGCCUCAUCCUCAGUGUCCGCCGCGGGCGGUGCUGCCGGUAGUGUUGGUAGAGCAGCCUCUAGUACAGUACCAUCUCAGCAGAGGGAAAAUUGCCGCUGUGCAAAGUACUCGGCUGCUUUGUUGGAGCUGCUGGAGGAACUGGGUGCCAACAUGGGUCUCACACGGAACCCUGCAUCAAUGGGGGUCCUGCUUGGUCUACUGCGGAGCGCACUGGCGAGAUGCAAAGAGGCACUGGAGUUAGAGCCAUGCCGGGCGUGCAAGGGAAGUAGUCAGACUGAAAGGCUCAUUCUGCUCACUCUGUUGUUGCAGUUCAUGAGCAACAUGUAUGAGCGUGUAGUUGAGAGCUGUGUGAAAAUGAUUGAUGACAUGGUCAAUGAGAAUCAUGAAGAUGCGGUCCCCCAAUAUCUGGUUGGCUCGACUCCGUCCCCUAGAUCAACCAGUAAUCAAGCACUCGGCGGCGGAACGCAAGAUGGCUGGGCCAAUGAUGGACCACAGGAAGGGCAAAGGAGGGAUGCUGUGCAGGGGUUGGCGCGUGCGCCGGGUGAUGCAAUGGAGGACUUGUGGUUCUCGACGUAUCAUAUACAGAGUAGCUGCGAGCGUCUGCAUGUUCUGACCACACUGGUAACGGUUCAGAUUACGGAACUCUCAUAUCUUUUGGGCAACCCCAAACUACGGGCGGGUGGCAGACAAAACCAACUCGCGAUUUUGGCUUCCAUUGAGAAAGUAACCAACUCCUCUCGACGUAUGUUGCGAAUGAGCAUUGAUAGAGCCAUUGCCAGCAAAGAACAGCACUGA